UUAAAUGACCAAAUAAAUAGAAUUGUUUAUGAUUAAUCAAUAGUUAUAUUAUUAUAGAAAAAUUAUCGAAAGGUUGAAUUAUUGUAGGUAAUUUUUCCUAUUUUUAUUUAAUUAUAGUUAAUUUUUGUUUUGAAAGAAUUUUAUUUAACUUUUUAAUAACUCUAUAGAACGUUAAAGUCUCUCCUCAAAUAAGACGGCUUCCUACUUGAAAAAAAAAGUCUAAUUUUACAAACCUCCAUUGUUUCGUCUUCUCAAACACAAAAUCAUUCAAAAGGGAAUUGUCUUUCUGAAAAGCAUUUUUGUUCCUCUUCAUUUACCUCUCUCUUCCCUCCCUAAUUUCAGUUUCAAUGGCGAGGAGAGAAGAGAGAGAACAAGAAGGAAUCUCAUUCCAUGGAAUCAUUGAUUGUAUGCCCCUUUUUGCUAAAGAACUUAUCGCUGGUGGUGUUGCUGGUGGCGUCGCUAAGAGUGCUGUCGCUCCCCUUGAACGAAUCAAGAUUCUUUUCCAGACAAGACAAGCAGAAUUCAAAAGUGUUGGGUUAUUAGGAUCCUUUUCUAAGAUAGCUAGAACAGAAGGAAUACUUGGUUUCUACAGAGGAAAUGGAGCAAGUGUUGCACGAAUCGUUCCUUAUGCAGCUCUGCAUUACAUGGCAUAUGAGGAGUACAGACGAUGGAUAAUUCUUGCUUACCCUGAUGUCUGGAAAGGCCCUGUGCUUGAUCUUUUGGCGGGAUCAUUUGCUGGUGGAACUGCUGUUCUUUUUACAUAUCCUCUUGAUUUGGUUCGGACAAAGUUGGCGUAUCAGGUUGUUGGACCUGCCAAUUUAAAUGGUAAAGGCCUUGUUGGAAAUGAAGAAUUGUAUAGAGGUAUUCAUGACUGCUUUUCGAAGACGUAUAAAGAGUCUGGAGUAAAAGGUCUUUACCGGGGUGCAGCACCAUCACUUUAUGGUAUAUUUCCAUAUGCGGGUCUGAAAUUUUACUUUUACGAAGAGAUGAAGUCUCACGUACCUGAGGAACACAAGAAAGACAUCUCGGUGAAGUUGAUUUGUGGCUCUGUUGCUGGAUUGUUGGGCCAAACCCUCACAUACCCUCUUGAUGUUGUGAGGCGGCAAAUGCAGGUUGAGCGCAUGUCUAAUGCUACCAACAAAAAAGGAACAUUUCACACACUUGUUACUAUAGCACGAGAGCAAGGGUGGAAGCAUUUGUUUUCGGGACUAAGUUUGAACUAUUUGAAGGUUGUACCCUCAGUUGCUAUCGGCUUCACUGUGUAUGAUACAAUGAAAUCAUUCCUGCAAAUGCCCUUACGAGAUGAAGCUGUUAUCGAAGUGGCUUCAAAACACACAAAUGAUCAACCAUCAUCAAUACAUUCUUUAAAAUAAAAUACUCAUUCUUUUAACGCAAUUAGAUCCUGAUUCAUUACAUUACUGAAUAAUUCAAUUGUAUAUGUACAUAUGAUCAUCGACCGGCAUGAGUCGAAUGUAGAUAUCAUCUUGUUAAACUUGUUAGCCAUUUAGCAUUGUACGGCAUAUAAUACCUAUCUCUUCCAACGUUCUGGUCUAUGUCAAUUGUCAAAGAAUGUUUGGAAUGUAAGAUAGAAGGAUUUUUUUCCUGGUAAAAUGAAAUAAAUACAUUUCAGUAGUCUUCA